GCCAGCAUGCGUCUGUUCGUGUCCUUUACUAUCUGUUUGUUCAUGCAGUUGUGUAUCUGUGGGAUUUCAGACAGCAGGGAUUAACAACACACAGAAACACAAAUAUAGUUUUGGAUUGUUGUAGUUUGUGUCUUUUGCGGGUUGGUCAUGGUCAUCAGUGUUACCCACAAUGCCUGUGUUUUACUCGUCUGUUCCAGAGAACCUCCAGCUGGGCCUGGCCUACGUGGGCAGCUCAGUGUUCACCAACAACAGGACGGCGGACAGCGACUUCACCAGGGAGCAGGAGGAAGCAUAUGUGGUCAACGAGCUGGUGUCUCACCUUCCCCUUCAGAUGCUGCUCUACUUUAACAUGUUCUACUUCCCAUGUUGGUGGUUCUCUGCCGUGUUCAUGCUGGAAGUAAAGUUUUCUUGCCUCGCAGGGUACUACCAGGCUUUACUCAUAACUGGGAUAAUCCUCCUCACAGUCAUUGAAGUGGUCCGAACCUACCUGGGCUACGUCGGCAACCUAAAAGAAAGGGUGCCAGAGCUGGCGGCCUUCUGGAUCCUGUCUUUCAUGUUCCAGCUGCCAGUGCUGCUGUUCUUCCUGACUGAUGAAGGAAUUAUCAUCCUGCCGCUGGAGAGAGCCGUCCAUUCGCUCUACCUCCUCUUUCUGCUCGCCCAGAUCCUGGCUUCCUUCCUGGCGCUCAGGACCAUGACCCGGAAGCUUACCCUCCUCUUCCAUCUGCGCCAGUUUGGCAAAGUGCAGUGCCUCCACCACCACCCAGGGAUAAAUCCUGUCUAUGGACUUCCCUACCACCGGAGUGUGUUGCCCAUGUCGCCCUCCCCAUGAUGGGCACCAUUAACCCAUACAGACCCAGGGCGACUUUUGUGGCAGUUCACUAAUGAGUUUUUCUUUAUAUUUAGGCCCAAUCCC